GACCUCUCCGCCCAGCCCAGACCGGUCGCUGCCCCCCAGACAGAGGGGACUGGGGAAACUGGAGGGCUGCGGCCUCGUCCGGGGUUUUCAUCCAGGAUGACUUCAGUAAUUAGAUCGGAGACGAUAGAAAAGCUCAGCAGAUCCAUCAGUGCCAACUUAACAGAAAGCAAACGGCUUGUCGCUCUCCUGCUUUCCAGUUUCCAGUUCUCUGUUCAGAAACUUGAACCUUUCCUAAAGGACACUGAGGGCUUCAGUCAUGAAAGUUUUAGAGCCAAAGCAUCUUCUCUUUCUGAAGAAUUGAAGCAUUUUGCAGAGAGCCUGGAAAGUAAUGGAACUCUACAAAAAUGUUUUGAAGAUUCAAAAGGAAAAGAAUCAGAUUUGUCUCUGGAAACAUCAGUGGCUGAAAUGAAGGAAUACAUAACAAAAUUUUCUUUAGAACGUCAGUCUUGGGAUCAGCUCUUGCAGUACUACCAGAAGGAGGCUGAAGAGAUCAUAUCCAGAGGAUCAGCUGAAACCAAAGUUACUGAAGUUGAAGUGGAACCUGCAACAUAUCUUGGAUCUUCCCAGAGUGAAGUCCUUAAUACAAAGCCUGACUACCAGAAGAUAUUGCAGAACCAAAACAAAGUCUUUGAUUAUAUGGAGUUGGUG